UGUAUCGUGGAAGCUCCACAUAAGUUUUUCCACACUUUUAUUUAACAAAUGAAAAAUGUCUAAUGAUUGAUAUGGUGAAAUUUUCUAUGAGGAGAUCUUUAUAAAACAUUUUUGGAAGGAGUCUCCAGUGUCAGCGCGCUGUAACCGUCAGGGUAAAGCUCUUACAUUUUCCACAGUGGGAAGGUCUUCAGGACAGCCUACUUUGUGGUUUGUGAUUUAGCUGCAAUUGUUGUUUUUUUUUUGUCUUAUUAACGUCAAGAGAAUGUGAGGGAAUGACUGUAUAUAGCAGUAUAACAUGCAUUAUACCAUUAACUUACUCAUUUGACGGAUGUUAAAUGUAACUAUAAAUACGUAAUAAGUCAAAUGUGUUGUGUUUUUAUUAAUAAAUAAAAAUCACUGGCAAAUGGUCCACAUAGACAUAUUUUUAAAAUAUGCGUAUUUUUCUGAAAUUCGACAUUUAUUUAACAUUUCUGGAAGGAGUCUCCAGUGUCAGAGCUGUGUAACAGUCGGAGGUAAAGUUGUAAGACGUUAGAAAGUAGGGGGGUUAGGAUGCAAUCAGGUCACGAUUAGAUUCGUGUCACGAUUCAAUUCAGUUCUCGGGAUGUUUUUAACAAAAUUUUGAUGACGAUUAGAGUUUCUGUGUUUGUUUGUGUGAUUGUUUUUUUCUUUUUGUCAGUAGGGAGGGCGUCGCCAUUUUUUGGUUUCUCAGUAAAAUGUUGACAAGUUGCAUUUUUUUUGUUUUUCUUAUUAAUUGAAGAGAAAGUGAGGGAAAGACUGUUUAUACCGUAGCGACAACAGGAAGUUCCACAUUUAAUGUUUUAUUCCUAACAUGGUGUUGUUCUGUAAAUUUUGCUGACACGGUUGAGAAAGGUGAAUUAGUGUAUGGUUUUAGGGGUGGAACCAUGAGUUGUUUUUAAGAGGACUUAUGAUCUGCAGAUCUGGCAACCCCGAUUCAUGAUUUCCAUUUGACUCAUCUCGGGCGAGGAAACUUAACUCAACUUGAGUAAAGAGAGUUACUAUCCAUGUGCUUAACACUAUUGGACUAUUACGGCUCGGUUUUUUAAUUUAUAUAUUAUUUAUCUUUCUCCUGGUCGCCAUGCAGGGAAUUCUGGGGAAUCUAAGAGCUUCAGAACAACAACAACAGCUGCAAGCAGAGAUGAAUUAAGCCCUUUUAUCUUUUUGGGUUCUCCGCAUGUUCUCGUCCACGAUGCUGAGGUUCUGUUUGCAGAGAACCCUGAGCCCGUGCGUGCGAGGAGCACAGAAACGCUGGCUCGGCACACACAAGCACAAAGAGAAGCUCGAAAUGCUAAACACUCCGAAAGGAGCGAAAGACUUUAUCUACAGCCUGCAUGCUACGGAGCGCAGCUGCUUACUGCGAGAGCUGCAGAACUUCGAGUCCAUCGCCAUCGCUCAGGAGAGCGCCCCGUUUAGGAGAGGGUUCAGCAGAGACAAGGUUCCAGCCGAAGUGACCGAGGAGAAACUGGAGUCGUCUCCACCCAGUACCAGUCAACUGCGAUACGUGCUCCUUCACAACGCCAUCCCGUUCGUCGGCUUCGGCUUCCUGGACAACGCCAUCAUGAUCGCCGCAGGAACCCAGAUCGAGCUGUCCAUCGGCGUGACCUUCGGAAUAUCAACUAUGGCAGCGGCGGCGUUGGGAAACUUGGUUUCUGACCUGGCUGGACUUGGGCUAGCGGGUUAUGUGGAGGCUCUAGCUGCCCGGUUGGGGAUGCAGAUUCCCGAUCUUACACCAAAACAGGUUGACAUGUGGCAGACCAGACUCAGCUCACACAUGGGAAAGGCGAUCGGUGUCACCAUCGGCUGCCUGCUCGGGAUGUUCCCGCUCUUCUUCCUCGGUGAUGAAGACGAGGAGGAGAAACAGAGUGCGGCAGUAACUCCACUCGCAGACCCCAAAUAACUGUUCCGCACAUCGCCCACACACCACCACCGCACAGCAACACUAUUAGAGCCUAAUACUAGAGUCUACUCAUUCUCUCAAACAGGAAGUGCCAUUCACGCUUUGUCUUCAGCAAAAUAAUGAACUUGUCUGAAGAUUUAUUUUAGUUUUGUACUGGAGCCACGAGGCGAGCAUAGCUAACACGCACCGUCCACACGCUUGCGUUGCUUAAAGCCACGAGAUCAUUCUUUAAUUAGACAGACCGUCAUAACAAAUUCAAAGUGGAACUCUGUACAGUCCCGGAAGGUUCCGACUUAAUCCGCUUUUCCAAGAUGGCCGACGAAUAACACUACGCUGUUCAGCUACAUGGCGAGCUUCUGGUCGUGUAUAGUAAGUCACACUGCGUCCUAAACCGCAUCAGCGUGUGUGUGUGAGACAUCAGAAUAGAUGCGGUUCGAGGAAGAUAUUUAUAGCAAAAGAGGGAAAAAAUGGGAUUGUCCCAUUUCCCACCAAAAAUACCCUGAAAAAACCCCAAAAUGCCCUUUCAAACAGGAUCGCCCUCUGGGAGAACUGCAGCGUCUCAUUGAUACACUUGGAUCCUGGGUGGACGUUAGCAAUGAUGCACGUCUAACAUUGCCUCUAAGAGAGUCCCUGAGCAGGAAGGUGAGUUUGGAGUUACGGAAGCAGAUGUGCUUUCUGUUCACGUUGUCCACCAGAGCCUCGAUCACCUGACCUAGACACAUCAAAGAGAAGUCGGUGCCGUUCCCCUCCUUCAGGCGUGAUCCUUCGGUACGUGUGUCUUUCUGCAUCUCAGACCCCGCCACAUCUACCAGGUUGAGUUGAGACGUUCUGACGUUCACCACUUCCUAUCCCGUCUCCUUGGACUCCAGCGUCACAGUGAAAACGGCAUAAGAGCGAGACGACGUGUUAUUCAUCGCCGUGGACGCGACACGCCGAUUAUGCCGUCCCACAGAUAACAACCGGAAGGCCUCUGCGGCUGUAUCCGCGUAUUUCUCCACCGCUCCUUCCACAAACACUCUUUUGUUACUGUCCUCUCUGAGGACCAGACUCGCUGAGGUGCUGCCCACGAGGUCAAAGGUCUGCUCGUUGCAGAUCUCGAUGACGGAGCAUUUACACAGGAAGCUCCUUGCUCCUUCAAGACUUCUCCGCCACACUGCUUAUGAGGUAGAACAAAUGCUCAAUGCUACGAGGAAUAACACCACGCCGGUCAUCGGAGAAAUCCGUCGGCUCGCUCGGCCCCAGCACGGUAAAGGUCUUCCCUGAACCCGCCUGGGUCCGAGAUUCUUCUCCUCGUCCUCUUCUUCUUCUUCUCCGUGCGGGUGUGAGUUAUCGUUCCUCGGUGAUUCGGACAUUAGCGAACUGAGCUCCGAGAGUCGAAACGCUGCGCGAUCUGUUCCGCCGCCUCCGCCUGGUUCAUACUGAUACACUUUAUUUUGGUCCAAACGGGCCAGAACAAAAAACUAACACUAGCAACGCUUUCUGCUCCUCGCUUCGACUUCUCACGCUCGCGAUAACGUCACUCGGGUGUGCCACUUCUUGGUUACGUGACGUUAGCCUCGUAGCUGUAGUGCACAACUAAAGGAACAAACUUCAUACAUAGAACAUGUCUUGGCUGAUGUUUAUUAUUAUUAUUAUUAUUAUUAUUAUUAUUGUUGUUUUUUAAUGCUGAAUUAUUCCUGAAAAGUUCAAAUGGUUGUAACGAUGUACUUUUAGUGUUUUAAGGUAUAGAUUUGCCGCAGAGAGGAGCGUAAGACUGGAGAUUGUCUCAGACUGGAGGGAUUGAUGACUAUUAUAUUAUACAUAAGGUGCCAGCUUCUACGCUUUAGCCGUAGCAUUUACGACAAAAUCACGACCCCUUGCUUCUCCAGACUACAAAACUGCACUUUUCUGCAAUUUUUUAUUUAUUUAUUUAUAUUUUUUUUAGAUGCAGUACUGUCAAAGUCUUAGGCAUCCGAACUUUGUUUAAUGCAAAUGCAUUAUUGAGUCGAUUUAAAAAAAAAAGAAAAGUUUCUUUUCCAACAACAAAAAAAAAAUUGAAAUGGAACAGGAAUGAAAAUGUUCGUAUGGCAGUAAAGAAAGCAACGGAUUACACUGUACGUUACUUUUUAGACAGAAAUCAUAAUGGCGUCUGAGCGGUUUCAUCUGCCGAAAGUCUCCAGAAGAACCGCGGCAGGUCCUCAAAGAUCCUGAGGAAAAACGUACCGGCUAAAUUCCCUUAUAAACCUGCACCAAGUGUACACGAGAUGGUUCGUUACCGAGCAAAGGGUCGUUACUGUUAAUACACACUGUCUUGGGUUUCGUUUCAUUAUUUUCGAAGGCGCCUUUGCUUUAUAGCAUUUUCUUUAAACGUGCGUAAGACUUUUGCACAGUAUUGUAAAACGACAGUCCGAACAAACAACAGAAUGGACAGUUCACUGAAGGGGAAAGGACGUGGCAGGUGAAAGAAGCGCAUUUGCUUCCGGUAGCCAUUACUUUCAUUGAUUUUAGAUAGACAGGACGGUCUCCUGUACUCCGAGGACGUCAUAUCAACAUAGCGGCUCACGGCACCAACUGUACACACAGCAGCACUUUAUAACGCUGACUGUACAGCUCAGUUCAAUUCAGUUUUAUUUGUAUAGCGCUUUUAACAACGGACAUUGUCACAAAGCAGCUUUAUGGAAAUAUAUAAGUUCCGGAUAUAAACGUUGAAUGUAUAAGUUUUAUCCGUAAUGAGCGAGCCAGAGGCUGAGGGUAAGGAAAAACUCCCUGAGACGACACUAUUUCGAAGAGGAAAACAUACACCACUCAUCACAUUUGGCUAGAUUGUCGCGUCCAUGUUUGUCCCCACUUUGUAUGUGACGUGAUUCCGAGUUCCCUCUUCCGAGCUAUGUCGAAUGCCACAUUUGAUCAGGUGAACGUUGAUGUGUAAAUUCGAGCCUCGGACUUGAGAGCCAAUAGAAACCAAGAAGCCAGGGCUGUGCUCUCAUUGCCCGGUUUAAAAAAAAAAAAAAAAUGGUGGCGCUGCGAAUUAUUAAAGUCCCCGUGAAAUCAAAAUGGAAGUUUAGUGGCUUUUUCAGAACGAAUAUGUUAGUCUUAAGGUUCUCUAUAAGCUAGUGCGCUCCAAAGCGAUGACAAAACGCGCAUUUAGAAGACUUACAGUCUCUCUCUCUCUCUACCACCGAUACGGCUCAACGAUUUUGAUGACGUCAUUCUGCACUUUCUCCAGUUCUCCAAUCAAAUGCUCUGUAGAAGCUGAAGUGUCCCGCUCCCGUCGUUAUAAAAAUCACCACGCCUGAAAGCUGUAGGCUGUUUAAAAAGGCCGAGGAGCCACUCGAUAUGUCUCGCCCUGACUUCCUGUCUCAGUGGAAAUUACCUCACUUCAAAUAACCCAGCAUGCUUCAAGGCACUUCACCGGGACUUUAAGUAGCGUUCACACCAGACAAUAGCCAUCUCGUCCACCAACAUGUCCUAGGGUGUUUGUUUUUUUGUUUUUUUUUGGGUCUCUGUAUGGUGGAAUUUUCUAGUUAGCAAUUUUGGCACCUCUUUUAAUCCUAGUCUUUUUUUUUUUUAUCUCUUUAUUUAAAUACAGAUACUGGUUCAUUUCAUAUCGUUUUCUAUAUAAACAGCUAUUGUGGAUAUGAAGUCUCUGUACGUUGGCGCAAAGGUUUGUGUCGAGAAGGAGAUGAGGACGUAGUAAGUUGUUAAACACGGUGAUUUGGAUCUCUGAGAUUUGAUCUCUUGAUCUUUCCGUGCUCGUCUCUGCUGAGAGAGCGGCAGUGCUGCAGGUUUUAGAAACUGGUGCUCACUACCUAAGUGGCUUCACCUGAACAUGAAGUUCAGCCUUACUUCUAUUACGAUCCUAAAGUAUUCAGUUCCUCGUGGAAUAUCUACAGUAGUAUGAAGGACACGGCGUUUCAUACCGAACCACGACGUGCUUACGGGCACUCUGCGGCCACUGAACGCCGGGUUUGUCGUCACAGAAGUUCAGUCACGUUAAUCUUACGCGCUCUCUGCUGUCUAUGGGGUGAACCGGAAUUGCAAUGAAAACAUUAACAAGCCGUAACUGACUUUUUGGCCCCACCCUCUAUGUUGAAACUAUAUCCUGUAUGUGUUGCUUUCUAGCUGGGGGGGUGGGGCUAAUUUCUGGGCCUGAAAAAUGAAGCUAGAAAUAAGGAAAUUAGUUUUUUAAAAUUUUUCUGUUAUAGAUUUAGAAACACUUCUACCACUCCUUUAAUCAAAGUUCUCAUAAGUCUGGAAGGUUGUCCCUCAUGUAAGCACGAAGGAUGUCAUCUCAUUAGUUUUUAUGUAUGUUUUUUAUUUUACAUUUUUUUUAAUGUGUGUAUGUGUUUGAUAUCAACAUUAAUGUUUGUGUAUUUUUAUCAAGUGCUGCAUGCAAUAGAAGCUGCCUUCUCCUGCACAGAUGAUCCCGAUCAUAAAAAAAAACAACUAGAUUCUACUGGAAAGAGGAAAUUCGGGUUUAUCCGGGUUUGGAAACAAGUCCGCCCCUACAAAUGCGUAUUUCUUAACCGUUCAAAGUGGGAGAAAUCUGUUAAGCUUUUCAUUUCUGUGGAUGACGGCUGCAGAAUCGGGAAGAAUUCGAUUUGUGCCUUAUUGACGUGUGACAUGUUUUUAUAUUUAUAUAUCCGAUCACAUGGAGUAUGUACAUCUGAUCGAGCAUACUAACAUGCUGAAAAAAUCGGAGGUCGAAUAAAUCUAGGAAUUAUGAGGAAAACUGAUUCUCCUGUCCUGAUUUGAAAACGGUCAGCUCUGGAAUGAUUGUAAAGCUCGAGGAAAGAUUACGAACGAUGUCUUUUGUGGUUAAGCGGCUUAUAAUCCAACAACGAACAUACGAGAGAAAUCGGACCUUUUAAUAAACGUCGUUAUUUCUCUUUUAAGAGUAAAAAAAAAAAAAAAAAAAGGGUGUUUCAGACUUGGAGAAAUGAAACGGAAAACCAACAUUAAAGGUUAGCAUAUAUCUAUUUAUUCAUUUGUUCCAAUUCUUUAAACUUCUGGAAUAAUAGUAAACUCA